UAAAAGCUUUCUAAAUGCUGAAGUAUUAUUAAUACUGAAUACAAGUCUUUGGGCUUCGAGUUUCAUAUUCCAUGUGAAAUUUAAAGAGGAACGAUCUGAAGCACUAAAAUACUUCAUCUCAGUGGCCGGGGGUCGGGUGCCCUGUGCUAAAAUUAGCUGCACUCUUCUAUAAAGGGAUCUGAGAAACACAUGCACACUCACGGCAGACAGGCUAACACACACCGGUAAAAUGGAUCAAGAAUGAGGCACCUUUUAAAUAGGUCCGCCACUUGGGCUAAAUUGGUCCAAUUAGGACGACUUGGAUCUAACCAUUGUCGUGGGGAAGCCCGGACCCAACCAUUGUGGUGGGGGAGUCCACUCCGCAUUAGUCCCAAACUCCUCUCCACUCUGGACAUUGAUCGGUGUGACUUGGAAUUCAAGGCCAAUAACACUGAGCACCACACGGAACAGAAUGGUGUGGACAGGCUGAUCAUUCGGCGAGGGAGGCCGUUCACCGUGUCACUGCAUCUCCAUCAGAGUUUCCAGCCUCAGCCUGACAUGGCGCUCACUCUCACAGUGCGAACAGGUCCACUCCCAUCCCGUGAGUCAGGCACGAUGGCUACUGUUAAUGUGGGCGAUGCCAUAGACAAAAGCCGCUGGAGUGGGACCGUGUCUGCACAGACUGGGCAGACUCUGUCUCUGACCGUAUGCUCUCCCGCUGAUGCUCCCAUUGGGAAGUACACCCUGCUCAUGGGCCAGACCAAAGCUGUCAGUCUCUGCGAAUUUGUGCUGCUUUUCAACCCUUGGUGUAGAAGAGAUGCAGUGUUCAUGGAGAACGAGGACGAGAGGAACGAGUACGUGCUGUCUCAGGACGGUGUUAUCUUUCGGGGGACUCCUCCUCGCUUUAAGGAACUGCCGUGGACCUUCGGUCAGUUUGAGCCUGGUGUUUUAGACAUCUGCCUGAGGAUCCUCGAUGAAAACCCGAAGUUUAUCCAUGAUGCAGACCAGGACUGCUCAGCCAGGAGGAACCCAGUGUAUGUGACGCGAGUGCUCAGUGCAAUGAUUAACAGCUCCGAUGACAGAGGUGUGCUCAUGGGAAACUGGUCUGGGGAUUAUACAGGGGGAGUCAAGCCCACGUUUUGGACGGGCAGUGGGGACAUUCUCCGCCAGUGGAAUGAAAACGAGUGUAAUCCAGUGCGGUUCGGCCAGUGCUGGGUGUUUGCCGCCGUGGUCUGCGCAGUUUCCAGAGCCCUGGGCAUCCCAUGCCGAGUGGUCACCAAUUACGGAUCAGCGCACGACACCGACAGCAACCUGGUGAUCGAGUACAUGUUUGACGAAAAUGAUGAAGAUAUUGGUGAUGACUCCAUAUGGAACUUCCAUGUGUGGAUAGACAGCUGGAUGGCUCGGCCUGAUCUGAACGAAGGUUUCAAUGGCUGGCAAGCGAGUGACCCAACUCCACAAGAACGGAGUGGUGGUAUUUACUGUUGUGGCCCUGUACCGGUAUCAGCCAUCAAAGAUGGUGAAUUGACAGUGAAGUACGAUGCUCCCUUCGUGUAUGCUGAAGUCAAUGCAGAUGUUGUUACCAUGGUAAGGCUGAAGGAUGGAAGGACUGUUAAACUUGAUGGAAACACCACAGAGGUCGGCCAUCACAUCAGCACCAAGGCUGUUGGAAAGGAUGAAAGACAUGACAUCACAAACCUCUACAAAUACCCUGAAGGCUCAGAGGAAGAGAGGAUGGUGUUUGAAAAGGCCAAACACCACAACAAGCUCCUGAAGAGUGGCGAGGAGCCUGGGGUUCACAUCAAAAUAAAGAUCGCAAAAUCAACCAUGAUCGGCACCGACUUUGACGUCAUCGCAGUUGUCAGGAAUAACUCACCCACUCCCAAAACCUUUCUCUUGAUGUUCUAUGCGCGAGUGCUUCACUACAAUGGCAGGACCGGAGAUUCAUGUGGAUUCACUGAUGUUUCUGCGCUGAAAAUCGAACCUUCCCAAGAGACAUCCACCCCUCUCAAACUGGAAUAUUCCCUGUACGGCCCGACCAUCACAGAUGAGAGACUGAUCAAGUUGAAGGUUCUUCUGAUUGAGUCAGAAUCAAGACAGUUCCAUAAGGAAACAAAGACCAUUGUCCUGGACUCACCAAAGAUAUUUAUCAAUAUUGUUGGCGUGCCAAAGGUAAACCAGAAGUUGACCGCAGAUAUCACACUUCUGAAUCCUCUGCCAGUGCCUAUGCACGAGUGUGUCUUCUCCAUACAGGGAAUUCAUCUCACUGGUGGACAAAAUAUUGUACACAAAAUUGGAACAGUGAUGCCAGAGAAGUACGCCACAGCUAAGGUUGAAUUUGUACCAAGUUCACCAGGGAGAAACAAGCUGGUUGUAGCUUUUAAUAGUGAUAAAUUAAGUAAUAUCUCAGGAUAUGAAACCAUUGUCAUCAAAGACUAAAAUAUGCCCCCAAGAAAUGCCCCCAUAUGAGAACAUCAGACUGUAACCAGAAUGGAGGAGGAUUUCAGCACAUUGACAGACGUUAAUUAAAGAUAGUUAUGUAUUAUUAAAAGCCAAUAUUUAUAA